UUCCCGCCCGAAAACGCCACGGAGAAAUUGCCGCAUACCCCCACCCGGCGACCCAGAGCAGCUCGUUCGCCGGCUGCGGUGGAGCGUCGCCGCGGAGCCGGGAGAGCAGGUGUAGGUGCAGCUCCGGUCCGAGCUCGCGUUCGAGCUCGAGGUGAAGAAGAAGCCAACAACAACAACUCAAAAAGACACCAACAACAAAAGACGAUCCGAACAACAACAACAACAACAAAAACGACAAAGACAACACAAAGAAACCGUGACCACGUGACCGCCGCUGUGGUGUUCGUCGAAGGCUGUCAAACCACGCGCUGUAGGCCCAGGAUAGUAGUGGUCUGGGCUAGUGGCGCGGCUGGGUGGGCAGCAACGGAAGCAGCAAUCGACGAAACACCAAAAACAAGCGCAACAAGCCCAGUGUCAAUUGCGUCAGCAGCCACAGGAGUUGGAGCUGAAGGAGCUGAGGGAGCCGCAGCUGAAGCGAGUGCAGGCCGAGGCCAGUGCGAAAGCUGGCUCGGCCCUAGCCAGCGAAGCUAGCGGGCCUUGAUAUCCCUUUGAAAUGCCACCGGCGCCCGCCGAGACUGCUUUGUCAGCUAACACGGAACAGCCUGCUUUCAGUACCAGCAGCGCCACGCCGCACGCCCUUGCACUGCCCAUCGCAGAAGAUGGCGUCCACGCAGACCAUGACGACGAUGAUUUCCACGACCACGACAUCGAGCACAUGUUGGGCGAUGAACCGCAAUCGAUAUUUCGGCCGUUUACGAGGGAGAGCCUCGCGACCCAGCUCGCGCGCCUGGCCGAGGAGGCGGCCAAGAAGGCGCAGCUGGAGAAGAUGCGCGAGGAGGGAAUCGAGCCUGAACCGCAAUUCUACCAUCACAAAGAAGCCCCAGAUCCUGAUCCGGGUUUGGAGGCCGGCGGUCCCUUGCCCAAGCAGAUCGUUAAUGACUUCCCUCCUGAGCUGAUCGCCACACCUGUAGAGGAAAUAGAUAAGUACUACGAGAACAAGAGGACGUUCAUGGUGAUCAGCAAGGGCAAAGACAUCUUUCGCUUCAGCUCGACUAAUGCCCUCUGGAUAUUGAGCCCGUUCAACCCAAUUCGUCGUCUGGCCAUCUGCAUCCUGGUGCACCCAUUGUUUAGCUUUUUCAUCAUUGUCGCCAUUUUGGUCAACUGUGUACUCAUGACCAUGCCGGCGAACGACAAAAUCGAACAGACCGAAACAAUAUUCACGACGAUUUACACAUUCGAAUCGUUCAUCAAAAUCCUCGCCCGUGGUUUCAUUUUGGAACGGUUUACAUAUCUUAGGGAUCCAUGGAAUUGGCUAGAUUUCAUUGUAAUAACGUUAGCCUAUGUGACAAUGUUUGUCAAUUUGGGUAACCUUAGUGCCCUGAGAACAUUCCGUGUGCUUCGAGCUUUAAAGACCGUCGCUAUCGUACCUGGUCUCAAGACCAUUGUAGGCGCUGUUAUCGAGUCUGUGAAGAAUCUACGGGAUGUAAUAAUUUUGACUAUGUUUUCAUUGUCGGUAUUUGCCCUCAUGGGACUACAAAUCUAUAUGGGGGUGUUGACCCAAAAAUGUGUGCAACAGCCCCCAGCUGGGCUAUCUCCACCAGAGUGGUACGAUUUUGUUCACAAUGAAACGCAUUGGUUCAAAGAUUCCAAUGGAGACUUCCCCCUCUGCGGGAACGGUACAGGAGCAAAACAAUGUUCCGCUGACUACAUCUGCAUGCAAGGGAUAGGAGAAAACCCCAAUUAUGGCUUCACCAACUUCGACACCUUCGGCUGGGCCUUUCUAUCGGCUUUCCGCCUAAUGACCCAAGACUACUGGGAGUCUCUCUACCAGAUGAUACUUCGGUCUGCGGGGCCGUGGCACAUGUGUUUCUUUGUCGUCAUUAUCUUUCUCGGAUCAUUCUAUCUCGUCAAUCUGAUUCUCGCCAUUGUCGCAAUGUCAUAUGACGACUUGCAGAAGCGCGCCGAAGAAGAAGCCGAAGAGGAUCGCCUAUUGGAAGAGGCUAUGCGAUUGGAGGAAGAAGCUCGUGAAGAAGCUCGAGCGGAGGCCGCUAACCGUGUAGCGGAGGCUAAACGGGAGGCGCGUGAAGUUCGGAAGGACGAGCGUGAUGCGGCGCUGGCCAGAGAGAUGCAAGCAGCUACAGCUGCUGCUGGUGGAGGUGCUGGCAAAAAGGGUGUUAAUCAGGUACCCAACCAGGCGAAUCACGGAGGACAGCUGGCCAAGAGUCCUUCGGAAUAUUCGAUGCGUUCGCUGGACGCCGGCACCGGGCACCCCAGCGUACCGCCGGACGAGAGGGCCAGCCUUCGAAGCAUCGACGGUGCUGAUCUACUACAGCACACCGGACACGGCGGUCCACAUUCACAACAACAGCAACAACUCUAUUCACAAAGUCGGCAUAACAACGGAAAGGUUCGCAAGGCGAGUUUGUCUCUGCCUGGUUCACCAUUCAAUAUCCGGCGGGGCUCGCGUUCAAGUGGCCAAUGGCGACCUAGCGGUCAUCCAGCGAACGGUGGUGGAGGUGCCGCUGGUCGCCGUCCAGGGGGUGGCGGUGGACAGCCCUGCUAUGGAGGGGCAAAACCAUUACUACUGCAGACAUACGUAGACGCUCAGGAACACCUCCCGUUCGCCGACGACUCGGCCGCGGUCACCCCAAUGUCGGAAGACAACGGGGCCAUCAUUAUUCCUCUCUACUCCAAUUUGCAGCACUCUCGCAGAAGCAGCUACACAUCACAUUCGUCGCGAUUGUCGUACACCUCGCACGGGGAAGUCUACUGCUUAACGAAGGAGUCGCAGUUGAGAUCGAGAUCACGCAAUCUACAGAAUUACUUCUAUGAUCAGGAGACGCGGCUGGAUUCUGAAGACUACAUUCUAUCUAAAAUUAAACAGGUUAACAAACCAUAUAUGGAGCCGUCGACUCGGCAUCCUAUGGUCGAUAUGAGAGACGUGAUGGUCCUCAACGAUAUCAUCGAGCAGGCAGCUGGCCGCCAAAGCAAGGCCAGCGAGAGAGUCUCCAUCUAUUAUUUUUCCACAGAUGACGAAGACGAAGGCUCUCUCGAGGAAGAAGAUGUCGAAGCCAAAUGGAAGGAAAAGUGUCUCGCUGGCUGUUUGAAAUGUAUCGACAUUUUCUGCGUGUGGGAUUGUUGCUGGUGCUGGAUACGCGCCCAAGAGAUAAUCGGUCUCAUUGUAUUUGAUCCCUUUAUGGAACUGUUUAUCACGUUGUGCAUUGUCGUCAACACGCUAUUCAUGGCCAUGGACCAUCACGACAUGGAUCGAGAUUUUGAAAACGUUCUCCGCUCAGGAAACUAUUUCUUCACCGCUACCUUCGCCAUUGAAGCGACCAUGAAGCUUAUGGCGAAAAGUCCAAAAAAUUAUUUUAAAGAAGGGUGGAAUAUAUUUGAUUUUAUCAUUGUUGCAUUGUCGUUACUCGAGUUGGGUCUGGAAGGCGUACAAGGAUUGUCUGUGUUGCGUUCAUUUCGACUUUUGAGAGUCUUCAAACUAGCCAAGUCAUGGCCAACGUUGAAUCUACUGAUAUCUAUCAUGGGCAAGACGAUAGGAGCUCUGGGUAACCUGACCUUUGUGUUGGGAAUUAUCAUCUUCAUUUUCGCCGUUAUGGGCAUGCAACUUUUCGGCAAGAACUAUCUCGACAACAAGUGUUUAUUCCCGGAACAGCAAGUGCCGCGCUGGAAUUUCUUAGAUUUCAUGCACUCGUUGAUGAUUGUCUUUCGGGUGCUAUGCGGCGAGUGGAUCGAGUCGAUGUGGGACUGUAUGUGGGUCUCGGGCUGGCCCUGUAUCCCGUUCUUUCUCGCCACCGUCGUUAUUGGCAACCUGGUCGUACUCAACCUCUUUUUGGCCCUGUUGCUCUCUUCGUUUGGAGCUUCCAACCUUUCACAGGCCAAUCCCGAUUCCGGCGACACAAAGAAAUUACAAGAAGCUAUAGACCGUUUUCAUCGAGCCGGAAGAUGGAUUAAGAAAAAAUUUCGAGAUCUAUUCAUGCUAUGUUCGGGUAAACAGCGCAACCAGAUCUCGGAUCAAACCUACGCCGAAGACCUGGACCUCGACACAGGGGUCAUUAUUAUGGAUGGACAGGUUAUUAAGAAGGAUAGCCCCACGCCCGAACUCAUCGAUAGGUUGGAUAUUGGUUUUCAAGCUGAUAAGCAACAGGCGCAGGUGAUUGUAAUGCAAAAGCUUAAAAACAAUUCCCGACCUAUCAUUGGCAACUCAAAGGAAUUUAGCAACAAAGUUCAUCCAGGCCCCGACUUUUGCCUGGUAAAGCCGAACGACAACGGCGAAGGCCUCGUGCAAGACACCGAGCUUGGGGCCUCCACGCCGCUCAGCUCGCCUUCCUGUAUAGUUGAACAGCCUCUGUCUCACGACAGUGUGGGCCUGCCACCUGGUGGACAACAGCGGACAACUACGACUACUGCGGCAGUUGGAGGUGGAGCGACACCUGCCAUGGAGAACAAUCUCACCACCCCACUCACGGCCGGAACCGGCUUGACGUCUGUUCGUUUCAGCGGCGAACCUCCAAACCUCGAUCAACACGAGAACAACCCCCAGUUUGCCGACGCGACGCCUGUAAGCCUGGCCGCAUCUAAGGAUAAGUCCUCCGGCGACGACGGGGAUGAAGUUGAUGGCAAACUGGAGGGCCUCGCGGAUGACGUCGGCGACGGCGGCGACGCAACCGUUUCUCUGCCUGCAAACGCAGAAGGAAAAGAAAACGCUGGUGGUAGUGAUGUAGGGGCUGAAGAAGACAAGGAGCAACUAGAAGGCGGCGCCCUUGAAACAGCCGCCUCUGACCUCAUCAUCCCUGAGCUGCCGGCCGAUUGUUGUCCCGAAUGCUGCUACGUGAAGUUCGCCUGCUGCUGCAUUUUCGAUGAUUCCCAGCCACUUUUUGCCAAGUACAAAUUGUACCGGUCGCAAGCGUUCGCUCUGGUCGAGAAUAAGUACUUCGAGACCAUUGUCGUCGUCCUCAUCUUGACCAGCAGCCUCGCCUUGGCUUUGGAAGACGUAAAUCUGAAACAACGUCAGUGGCUGAUCAACAUACUGAAUGUCAUGGACAAAACGUUCACCGUAAUCUUCUUCUUCGAAAUGUUACUCAAAUGGCUAGCCUUUGGUUUCCAAAAGUAUUUCACCAACGCGUGGUGUUGGCUCGACUUUGUCAUCGUACUCGUAUCGGUUAUUAAUCUGGCAGUAACUAUGAUGGGUUUUGGGAAAGUACCCGCAUUUAAGACAAUGCGAACCCUCCGGGCGCUUCGUCCCCUCCGCGCCAUGUCUCGGCUGGAAGGGAUGCGAGUAUCUGUGAUCAAUCUAGUAGCCACAUGGCUAGGAGCCGGUAAAAUCCAAGCGUUCAAGACGAUGAGAACCCUGCGUGCCUUGCGUCCACUCCGAGCGCUUUCCCGCUUCCAAGGCAUGAGGGUCGUAGUUAACGCUCUAGUGCAAGCCAUUCCUGCCAUCUUCAAUGUGUUGCUGGUCUGUUUGAUUUUCUGGCUGAUCUUCUCUAUCAUGGGUGUCCAGAUGUUCGCUGGCAGAUUCUACCACUGCGUAGACGCCAACAACUCCCAAUUGAACUCGACGUUUAUUCCGAACAAAGAAGCGUGCAUUAAUAACAACUUUACCUGGAAAAACCCUAUGAUAAAUUUCGAUAACGUGCUCAAUGCCUAUUUGGCUUUGUUCCAAGUGGCAACGUUUAAGGGUUGGACAGAGAUCAUGGCUCAUGCCACUGACUCCAGGGGCAAAGACGACCAACCCGACUACGAAGUGAACAUCUACAUGUACCUAUACUUCGUAUUUUUCAUAAUUUUCGGGGCCUUUUUUACCCUGAACUUAUUUAUCGGUGUAAUCAUCGAUAACUUCAAUGAACAAAAGAAGAAAGCUGGAGGAUCCCUGGAAAUGUUUAUGACCGAAGACCAGAAGAAAUACUACAACGCAAUGAAGAAAAUGGGAUCAAAGAAACCCGCAAAGGCUAUUCCACGGCCAAGAUUUAAACUUCAGGCAAUGAUAUUCGACCUGACGACGAACAGAAUGUUCGACAUGGCAAUUAUGAUCUUCAUCGUGCUCAACAUGACAGUGAUGGCUAUGGAACACUAUCAACAAUCCGAUUUUUUCGAAUCGAUCCUAGAGAGACUGAAUAUCUUUUUCAUUGCCGUCUUUACGGCAGAAUGCGUGCUUAAGAUCUUCGCAUUGCGCUGGCACUACUUUAAGGAACCCUGGAACAUGUUCGACUUCGUCGUCGUUAUCCUUUCGAUCCUUGGCACAGUCCUGAAGGAUCUGAUCGCCGCCUACUUCGUGUCACCGACUCUGCUUCGGGUUGUACGCGUCGUUAAGGUUGGCCGAGUUCUGCGCCUAGUCAAAGGCGCUCGUGGAAUCCGAACACUGCUGUUUGCCCUCGCCAUGUCUCUACCGGCGCUGUUCAACAUCUGCCUGCUACUUUUCCUCGUCAUGUUCAUCUACGCCAUCUUUGGCAUGUCAUUCUUCAUGAACGUGAAACAUCGGUAUGGCGUCGACGAGAACUUUAACUUCGAAACGUUCGGCCAGUCCAUGAUCUUGCUGUUCCAAAUGUGUACGUCCGCCGGCUGGAGUGAUGUCCUCGCCGCGAUCAUGGACGAAACGGACUGCGAGGAACCCACCAUCGACGAGGAUGGCGAGACCGAAGGAAACUGUGGCAAGAAAGGCAUAGCUGUAGCAUAUUUGGUCAGCUAUCUGAUCAUCUCAUUCCUGGUGAUCAUCAACAUGUACAUUGCCGUCAUCCUCGAAAACUACUCGCAGGCCACAGAAGACGUCCAGGAAGGUCUAACGGACGACGAUUACGAUAUGUACUACGAGAUCUGGCAGCAGUUCGACCCCAAGGGCACCCAGUACCUGCCCUACUCCCAUUUGUCGAACUUUGUUAACGCCCUAGAAGAGCCGCUGCAGAUACCAAAACCCAACAAGUACAAGCUGAUCGCGCUGGACAUCCCGAUCUGCAAGGGAGACAUGGUGUAUUGUGUCGACAUCCUCGACGCACUCACGCGGGACUUCUUCGCUCGUAAGGGUCAUCAGAUCGAGGAGCCUCCGGAACUAACGGAACAAGUGAUUCACAUCGACCGGCCGGGAUACGAACCUAUCUCGAGCACCCUCCUUCGCCAGCGGCAAGAAUAUUGUGCUCGUGUCAUUCAGCAUGCGUGGCGGAGGUCAAAGGGCGAGUACGACGAUUCGGAUGAGGAGACAGGAGGUGCCCAGGAUACCGCCAUUGUCGUUGUGGAUGGAGACGACACAAAGACCAAGGUGGUUAUCCGUCCCUCGCCCGCUCCGCUCGCAGACGCCAGUCGGUCUGACGCGCAAGUAUGAAAAAAAUCCCGCAGACCCAUGCAAACGCCAACCCCAAUAUUCCCGACAGGCCCCCCGGCCCGAGCCGGGGUUGAGUUUUUUUGACAACGGCCGGGCUAUUCUCCCCGGCUGUCGAGCUCCCAGCUUGCCAUUGCUGCUGUUCGACAGCCCGACGGUUCGGUGCUGCCUGCUCAGACGAUGCUGUGGAAACGAUACUGAGCAGGACUGAUGGCACCGCUGGCCGCACUUCGGGCACCCAAAUCACACCUGGUCUCUGAAAUGUUUGCACUUCUGCCGGAGCUUUGACAGAACAACAAUCCAAAUUUCAGAUAAGCCUAGACUCUCCUCUAUUAAGAAAAAUAACUACUGUAACAAUACCGAAUGGAGAGCGCUUGCCGGCCCUAUCCCUCCUAUGGUCUGGCCUUCAACACGUCCUGAUCAUUUUGACGACACCGCCCUGCAACACGCUUGGUGCUUGCGGUACGGCCUUGGAUACGCCGUCGUUUCUUCCCUGUUAGCCCCCGCCCCUCCCGUUUGGAACCCCUCUGUCGUCUACUCUACUUCCUCUAUCGUGUACUUUUAGUAGUAGUACUACUCGAAUGUUUAACAAUUAUUGCGUGUUACUUCCACGACUCAAAGUUAUGGCUCUAGUUCCCCAUACUUCUGAUGAUUGGCAGUGACCGCGAUGCUAAAAAUGACGGUACCCAGAUGAUUGGAUUGAUAUAUAUGAAAUACGGCCUGACUGGCCCUGAAUGAGUAGGAAUGUGAGAGUCUCGUUGAUUGAUGACGUUGAUUCGAGCUAUUGGUUGAUUGAUGUUAAGAUUGGCAUCCAUAAUUAACAGGGGAAAAAAGGGAGUUCUAGUGGUAAGUGGCUGUAGUUGAAUUCAAGUUCAUCGACCGAACUGCGGUUUGCACGGCCGCUCUCCGGGGUCUGCUUAUGGCGCCUCUCAACCCCGGCCAGCUUCUGUGCCAAUCCAUAGAUGCGACACGCCCCGUUUAUACCACCUAGAUGUAACGUUUAUUGUCCCCAUAUGGACAACCUUACACCUCAACAAGAAGUGAAAACAAGUCUAAUUAAUUGUAAUUACCAAGAACAAGCUAAACGUAUCACAAUCAACAAUACCUCCUAAAUUAGAUAACCAUUAAUAUCUGUUACAUUUAUAAGAAUAUGAUUUGACAGCAACACCUAGUGAUCGCGACGUACUCAUGUGGGUUAUGACCACGUCAAAAGUGAUAUCUACGUUUUCUACCGAACAGCCGAGUCCAGUCGACGAUAAUAAUAAUACAAAGAGUAGUAAACAAAGAAAAUUCGUAAGCAGACCAGAUGAUAGUGAUGGUUAAAAACGACAUUAACUGAUGGAAGGGCGUACGUAAAACUUACGACUCGACAUAACCGCUAGACAUUAUGACCUCGUUCUUAAGGAGUCGCAAAUUAACAACAAUCUUCGAUGAUGCUGCACCGUCAAGGCCGCGGUUCGUUCGAUGUUAGUUUGACACGGAGACAACAAUGACAACACAAUCUACUUUUCUCGAGAAAGUCUUCUAAUUGAAAUUAUUCAAAAAAUAUAUAUAUGAACUGGCAAGUUACCCUGUACGAGCAUCAAACAUACAGUAUCUGUCAAAGAGAUUUGGCAAUAUCAUAGUUCUACGGCGGUCAUAUCACGAAGCCCGUUCGGCACAUCACUACGGGUUGUCUUGGUAACAUCUUACUUUUAUGAUAGGAACGUAAUCGUCAAUAGAGCACACCAGCAAACAUCAAUCAACGACAAAAGUGCACAUACAAUAACAAUACACUCAUUGAAAACGACAAUCGAUGAAAACGAAACAGUAAUGUGCGAUUGCUUCAGCUAUGAUGACCGUGAAGCUAUAACGAAAAAAAAAAAUUAUGCCAAGCUAAUUAAGCAAAUAAAAUACGGCCUGUUACACACUUCCUCCUUUUUUAGGUGGUCGUAUAUAAAAUGUCCGGUCUUUGAUCUGCCACCGCCCACAUCAGUCCAUGUGAUCACGAAGUCUACAACCCAAUUGUUCCCCAAAACUACAACAAGAACCAACCAUCAGCCAUAACCAUACUCAAGAGAAACAACCUGUAACAGCGGAACUACCGAGACUAUCUACAAAAUGCAGCGAACGGGUAAAUAGAAGUAAUUAACAGAAAACACCAAAAGCUAUGUGAGUGAGCUACUAUUCAAGAACUAAGCUCAGCAACAACAACAGCCAUAUAAGUCACCCGCUACGGUGGCGCGAGUUCUUCCCGGGAAUCGAAGAAGAACAACUACGGAAUGAAUCUCUCUAUCUACAGGAUCUAACAGACAGAUGUUCAUAUCGAAGCCAUUCAUUGAAGCCUUUGUUGAACGCCAGUAUGCAAAAAGGAAACAUUUCGGUAUCAGCGAAUGCUACCGACCAGAACAAACAAUGAAGCCCAUAGCAUUCGGCUACACUGAAAACAAUAUACGACCGAAAAACAACAGAAGAUAACGCCAACUAAAGCGCUCACUUCAUUGGCUUAUCAUGCACUCAUCGAAUUAACAAUGAUGAUCAGGUCGCAAUAAUGAUUCUGGAUGACGGAAUGACGGCCGAUGUAUUUGGAUGUCACGAGUCGACCAAAUGCUACUUGCAUCUGUCAUAUAACAACUGUAUAGCGUUGUACCCCGCAUCAUAUUUUUUACGAAUUUGUAUGUAAUGGAUUUUAAUGUUUCUGUGCUACAGCACUCCAUCCCCGUUCCAUAAAAUUACCCUAUGUACAUAUAUAUGUUGUUUAUACUAAACUUUAUAUCCAUAUACAUCUCUAUAUAUGUAAAACAGUCGUGUUGUCUAGCCUGUGAUCUCGCUGAAACUACUCGGUAAACCGGUUCCUAUGCUCGCCGAAGCAGCGCUACCGCUGGAAUGUCCUUCAUGAAUUUCAGACUUUUCCGUGUCCCUAAAUCGAGACGACAAAUAAAAAAGACAUAAGACACGAAGUGGCCUUUGCACCUUAAAAGUAACUGAAAUGAAUAGGAACAAGCCAGUACUGUUGUUCACGAAAUUACGAUUUUCUCAGAUCGACUAUUGCCGCUUGUUAAACUAAAUCUCCUCCUCAUGUUUCAUACCUCUUGUCCAUAAUCUUCACAGCGAGUACGAUGUUGUUGAUCGCUUUCGUUCGAAAAACCAGAUGUUUUCUGCCCCCCCUUCUCCGGCUACCCGGUAUUGAUACGAUUCCCCAAUUUCGUCCUUAUCAUUAGCACGUCGAGCUUGGUGUUCUCACCAGCUUUGAGAUGUUGUCGUUUGUUUCAGAUCAGACAUGGCUAAACAAACUCGGCCUAAUGGAACCGACAGAUGACCCCCUCCCCUAGCAAGGUCGUACGUACGUACGUACGUGCGCUCGCCGUCCGAAAGACUUGUUUUGGCAAUUCUCACCACUUUGGUCGUCGCGCGAGAAAACCCAAUUCCAAAUCUAGCGGCCACAUUCGGAGGACUCGGCUAUCGUGCCGUAUCUUCAUACGGCUACCAAUUAAGAGAUAUAUUUGAC